CACAAAAGUUUUUUUAUUGCAGUUUAUCUCUUUGGCUCUCAUUCUCUCUGGACAAGCUUGUCUUUUUUUAAAAAAAAAUUUAUAAAAUACGUUUUUUCAUAGAGACAGGGUUUCACCACAAGCUUGUCUUUUCCUUUGUCUGCGCACCCUUCGGUCUCUGCAUCGUCCACACUCGCCUUUGCUCCCCAGCUCUUCCUUUCGCUACCUGUCUUCCACCUUCUUGUGGGUUUCGUCGUCAUCUUUCAGGGCAGUCUUUAUGUACACGUCUCUGAACCUCUUUAUGCAUGUGCCUUCUCCUCUCUGUCUUCUUCUCUAAGGCUUUCUCCUUGUCUCACCAUUUCUGUGCCAGUCUCUCUACAUCUCUCCCACAGUCCCCAGGCUGGGAACAAAGUCACGGCGCUAACGCGGAACAUGUCUCUGGUCGUCCGGUCCCGGGCCGCGACGUUCCACCAUGUCCACCAUGCCCAUCCGCGCAUUCCAACUGCGGACAAAGAGUCCCCGGCCCCUCCCCACACACUCUUUCCUGUUCCAAUUCUUGAGUGUUGUAGGAGCAGCUGCCACAACUGCCCCUGCCCGCCUCUCAUGUCCAGUCCGCGGGCCUCCACCUCCAGGGCAGUUAGCGCCAGCACCUCUUCUGCACACACCAGUGAUGCCUGCGCGGACACCCCAGGCGCUCGCGCACACACCGCGCUCCGCCCUCCCAGAAAAGUAGAUCCGGCCAGGCAGACAAAAGUUUGGGACAGAAGUUUGGUCUGCGGCGAGCGUGAGACUGAGGGGGGUGGGGGCCGGGGAGAGUGGGGCAGUUGGGCGAGUCGACGCGUGAACAGAUAGACCUGCGGACCGGACAGCCGCGGCCGGAGGCACUGCCAGCCCCUCUCACCCACAGAUGCGUGGGGGGACGGAGCCCCUCCCGCUGGGGGAUGCUGUGCGAUUCCUGGCGCCGGGCAGCCGGGCCGCCAGCUAAGCCCCUGUGCCUCCCCUGUGCCCCUGGGGAUCCGGAGUCCGGCUGCACGGAAAGAGAACCGGCCGCAGAGACGCUGCAGGGUGCUAGGCGGGGAGGGGACGAGAGGCCCCAGGCCCGAGGGCAUGGAGCGGUUAGGAGAGAAAGCCAGUCGCCUGCUGGAGAAGUUCGGCCGCAGAAAGGGUGAAUCUAGCCGGUCUGGGUCUGACGGCACUCCCGGGCCGAGCAAGGGGCGCCUAAGUGGGUUGGGGGUACCUAGGAAGUCAGGGCCCCGAGGAGCUACUGGGGGACCUGGGGAUGAGCCGUUGGAGCCAGCCCGGGAGCAAGGUUCCCUGGAGGCUGAGCGAAAUCAGCGCGGCUCCUUUGAGGCACCGCGCUACGAAGGUUCCUUUCCUGGGGGGCCACCGCCCACCCGGGCCUUGCCUCUACCUCAGUCAUUACCCCCCGAUUUUCGGCUGGAGCCCUCGGCCCCGGCCUUAAGCCCCCGCUCCAGCUUUGCCAGUAGCUCGGCCAGCGACGCUAGCAAGCCGUCCAGCCCGCGAGGCAGCCUGCUGCUGGACGGGUCGGGGGCUGGCGGAGCUGGAGGGAGCCGGCCCUGCAGCAAUCGCACCAGCGGCAUCAGCAUGGGCUACGACCAGCGCCACGGGAGUCCCUUGCCCGCGGGGCCGUGCCUUUUUGGCCCACCCCUGGCCGGAGCACCGGCAGGCUAUUCUCCCGGAGGGGUCCCGUCCGCCUACCCGGAGCUCCACGCUGCUCUGGACCGAUUGUACGCUCAGCGGCCCGCGGGGUUCGGCUGCCAGGAAAGCCGCCACUCGUAUCCCCCGGCUCUGGGCAGCCCUGGAGCCCUAGCCGGGGCUGGAGUGGGAGUGGCGGGGCCCUUGGAGAGACGGGGGGCGCAACCCGGACGACACUCUGUGACCGGCUACGGGGACUGCGCCGUGGGCGCCCGGUACCAGGACGAGCUUACAGCGUUGCUUCGCCUGACGGUGGGCACCGGUGGGCGAGAAGCCGGCGCCCGCGGGGAACCCUCGAGUAUUGAGCCGUCGGGUCUCGAGGAGCCGCCAGGUCCUUUCGUUCCGGAGGCCGCCCGGGCCCGGAUGCGGGAGCCGGAGACCAGGGAGGACUACUUCGGCACCUGUAUCAAGUGCAACAAAGGCAUCUAUGGGCAGAGCAAUGCCUGCCAGGCCCUGGACAGCCUUUACCACACCCAGUGCUUUGUCUGCUGCUCUUGUGGACGAACUUUGCGUUGCAAGGCUUUCUACAGUGUCAAUGGCUCUGUGUACUGUGAGGAAGAUUAUCUGUUUUCAGGGUUUCAGGAGGCAGCUGAGAAAUGCUGUGUCUGUGGUCACUUGAUUUUGGAGAAGAUCCUACAGGCAAUGGGGAAGUCCUAUCACCCAGGCUGUUUCCGAUGCAUUGUUUGCAACAAGUGCCUGGAUGGCAUCCCCUUCACAGUGGACUUCUCCAACCAAGUGUACUGUGUCACCGACUACCACAAAAAUUAUGCUCCUAAGUGUGCAGCCUGUGGCCAACCCAUCCUCCCCUCUGAGGGCUGCGAAGACAUCGUGAGGGUGAUAUCCAUGGACCGGGAUUAUCACUUUGAGUGCUACCACUGUGAGGACUGCCGGAUGCAGCUGAGUGAUGAGGAAGGCUGCUGCUGUUUCCCUCUGGAUGGGCACUUGCUCUGCCAUGGCUGCCACAUGCAGCGGCUCAAUGCCCGACAGCCCCCUGCCAACUAUAUCUGAGCUUCAGUCACUGCUGCUGCCAUCACCACCGCUGACAAACUGCUCUGGCCAGUGGGCCCUCUGAGGCCAGCCAAGGCAAAUAAUAUACUCCACAGGCCUGGCAGAAGAGUCCUCUGGGGAGGACCCCAAGGCCAGAGACCCAAAGAUCAUGACAUUCCAAAUGGAUUGUGGAGGAGAAACUUUAUAUUUACCAGGGUGGGGGUGACUGGCCAUUUUCCAUGUGUGCAGCCUGAGCUUAGGCACACAUAGGAGGGUUCCAGUACUUUCUCAACAUCUGAUUCUGUAUCUUCAGUAUAUAUAUAUAGUUUUGUUUGUUUGUUUGUUUUAGAGAUGGGAUCUCGCCAUGUUGCCAAGGCUAGUCUUGAAUUCCUGGGCUCAAGCGAUCCUCCCACCUUGGCCUUCCAAAGUGCUGGGAUUACAGGUGUAAGCCACUGUGUCUGGCCUAGUAUGUGAUUGUUUAUGAAUUAUGCAAUGUUCUGGUCCCAGAUUCCAAGAGUAGAGGGCCUAGCUUUAAAUCAACUAGUUUCAAUGAAACUAACUAGAAGCAAAUUAAAGUGUAUUGCUCCCUUCAGCUACCCCAAACCCCAGAGUUUUUGGGUUGUGGUUGAUGCAGUGUGGGACCCCUCUGAGAGGUGGCAGUUCUAGGGUGGUGAAGUCCUGAUAGGCAACCAAAUUUAAGCUCCUCACUUUUUUGUGACACAUGGUGUCAGAUAGGGGUCUUCCAGGUGCUUACCACCAUAAGCACCUAUGUCUGGAUAAAGAGGUAGAACCUCUGAACCUCAUUAACAAGUUAUUUCUUGGCCUUUUUCUAAGGACUAGGAGAGUUCCUCAUCUAUCUGCUGAGAAUGGGGACCAGCUCUGAGUGGGCUUGCUGCCUGUAUUCCUUGUUUCUCAGGGACUCACGUGGGUCUGGGGAGGCUAGGUGAGUGCUUGUACUCGGUUGCUCUUCUCCUUGGCUGGGGGAGGUAAUGGGUGUGUUCUCUCACACACACAUACACACUCACUCACACUCUCACUCUAUUCUCAGAUCACUCUUAGACUUGGUUUCCUAGUAGUAGCUCACCUGUCACCUCUCAGAGUGGCCCCAGUUUGUGUCCAUCACAAUCCCAAAACUAGAGUUGAGGGGAACUGGAGGGAGCAAAACACUGGUUUGGUACUAGUCAGUUUGCCUGAAAUUAGUUCACCUAAAGCUAGAUCUCUUAAAACCAAUUUACUGAAAACUUGUUUGCUUAAAGCGAAUGACUUAAUGACUAAUUUGCCAAAAGCUCAAUUCCUAUUUUGGUGUAUUUAUAUCCAUUUAGGUGUCCUAUUAUUUUUUGUCAUGCUUUGGGUAUUUCAAGGAUUUAUAUCUAUUCAUCCAAGAGUACUUUUGAGUUAUUAUCAGCAACAUAAAUUUAUCAAAUUUGCAGCACUUUGUGAAUGAUGAGAUUGCUUCCUACCUUUAUGGAUGUCUUUUUCUAUGUUAUCUACUUUUCAAAAACUUUUUUAAAAAGUUUAAAGUUUCUGGCAAUAAAUAUAAUUGGUGCAGAUGUUUUGUGUAUCAUUUUUUUUGUUUCUUAAUCCAAUAUUCCUUUACAAAUUAAAUGCCUUGAAAAAUGUAAUGGAGUUCAAUGUGAUUUUGAUGCUUUGAUCUAACAUCUACAUUCCUACUAUUAAAAUGCCAGUAUAUCUUAAAUAGGCAUGAGGCAUAUUCAGUUGACUUACAAUUAAAGGUUAUACAGACAACAGUAAUAAAAAGUAAAAGGGCGAAUCUGCUAAAUCCUUUUGAAAUGCUGCAGAUUUGAUAAAUAUUUAUUUUAGACUAAUUGGCUUUAGGUGAAUUGGUUUUAGGCAAAUUAAUCUAGCAAUCUUUCAUCUUUAGUCUUCAUUUUCUGUCACUCAGUGAGUUUCACACUGGAAAUGAUGACUCCUGAAAACAGAAAUUCCACAUUUGCGGGCUAUUCUAAAAUGACUAUGCCAGCCGACCUGGGAAAUACAUAGAAGAGACCUCUAAGUGAGAGGGAAAGAGUUCAGAUUCAUACUGUGAAUUCAUGAGUGCCAGAGGGAGAAAUGCACCUUGUUGGAGAGAGAAAUGUUCUGAAACUGAAUUACUGCUUAUUCAGCUGAGAUUGCAUCUUCUGAAUUAUUAUUAAAUAAGUGAAUACAAAAACCCCAUGAUGGGAAAUCCAGACAAGGUUGCAUAACUUUACAUCCCUCCUGUCCUUUGUUUGUUUGUUUGUUUUUGGAGAUAGAGUCUCACUCUGUUGCCUGGGCUAGAGUGCAGUGAUAUGAUCUCAGCUCACUGCAACCUCUGCCUCCUAGGUUCAAGUUAUUCUCCUGCCUCUGCCUACUGAAUAGCCGGGAUUAUAGGCGGGCACCGCCACACCUGGCUAACUUUUGUAUUUUUAGUAGAGAAUGGGGUUUCGCCAUGUUGGCUAGGCUGGUCUCGAACUCCUAACCUCAGGUGAUUUGCCUACCUUGGGAUUAUAGUCAUGAGCCACUGAGCCCCACAUCUUUUUUUUUAAGAGUUGGGAGUCUUGGCCAGGUGCCGUGGCUCACACCUGUAAUCCUUGUAAUCCCAGCACUUUGCGAGGCCAAGGCGGGCAGAUCACCUGAGGUCAGGAGAUCAAGACCAUCUUGGCCAACAUGAUGAAACCCCGUCUCUACUGAAAAUACAAAAAUUAGGUGGGUCCGGUAGUAUGCACUUAUAAUUCCAGCUACUCAGAAGGCUGAGGCAGGAGAAUCACUUGAACCAGGAGGCAGAGGUUGCAGUGAGCUGAGAUCGCGCCACUGCACUCCAGCCUGGUGACAGAGUGAGACUCUGUCUCAAAAAAAAAAAAAACAGAGUUGGGAGUUUCACUCUGUUGUCCAGGCUAGAGUGGAGCAUCCCAAUUAUGGCUCAUGGCAACCUCGAACUCCUGCACUGAAACAAUCUUCCCACCUCAGCUGGGACUACAGGUGUGCACCACUAUGCUUGGCUAAGUUUAAAAAAAAAUUUUUUUAGAGACAGCAUCUUGCUAUGUUGUCCUGGCUGGUCUUGAAUUUUUGGCCUCAAGUGAUCUCCCACCUUGGCCUCCUGAGUUACUGGGAUUACAAGCAUGAGCUGCUGUGCCCAGCUCCUGACCCUUUGUUUCUUACUCUGAUUUUGGCCUCUUCUGUUCCUGAUCUGACUCAUUCCUUUCUAGGUCUGUGCUGAUUGGCCUACCCUCAGGCUCCCCAACAUUGUUCUUGCCACCCGAGGCUACUUCUUCCUGAGGGAAAACAAAUGACGACAGCUGAUAAGGGCAGGCCAUGACAAAAGAGCAGUCCCAGCCACCCCAACACCAUCACUGGCAGGCUCCCUGGUGUACCCUGCAUCACAAGUGUCCUUUCUUCCUAUUUACUGGGAGACUAAUCCUCCUCAAUAUUUCUAUUUAGUAUUUACAGUUGUUGAUGAAAGAUUCAUGGGGUGUGCCAAGUAUAUAGCAAAAGGUAGACCUUGUUUGGCCAACUUGCCACCUGAUUUAAUUAACAACCACUAGUGCUGAGAUGCAGAAAUGGGGAAAAUGGAGGAAUUAUGGAUCUACUCUGUCGUCUUAGAUGACAGUCAAGGACAAGGGUUAGGCUUUGACUACAGUCUUUAGCUCUUUGCUCUGGCCAGCCCUAUUUACUACAGGUCUGAAUGGGUUAUCAAGAAUAAAGCUGGUGGCCAGGUGCAGUGGCUCACAUCUGUAAUCCCAGCACUUUGAGAGGCUGAGGCAGGUAGAUCACCUGAGGUCAGGAGUUCAAGACCAGCCUGGUCAACAUGGUGAAAACCCAUCUCUACUAAAAACACAAAAAAUUAGCCAGGCAUGAUAGAGGGAGCCUAUAAUCCCAGCUACUUGGGAGGCUGAGGCAAGAGAAUCACUUGAACCUGGGAGGCAGAGAUUGCAGUGAGCCAAGAUUAUGCCAUUGCACUCCAGCCUGGGCAAUAAGAGCAAAACUCCAUCUUAAAAAAAAAAAAAGAAGAAGAAUAAAGCUAGUGAUGGUUCUGUCUCUGCCUUACUCUUUAGAGACUUAACUGUCUCCCCCUCUAUCACCUGGAGCUUUCAGAGCCAGGGAAAUGUAAGAUGCCAUUUAUAAUCAGGCUACAGAGUAUCCUCAGUCAAGGAGGAUGUAGAGAAAGACUUACUUCCAAGCACAUAAAGCCAGUUGGGCCGGGCAUGGUGGCUCACACCUGUAAUCCAGCUUUUUGGGAGGCUGAGGCGGGUGGAUCACAAGGUCAGGAGUUCGAGACCAGCCUGACCAACAUGGUGAAACCCAAUCUCCACAAAAAAUACAAAAAUUAGCAGGGUGUGAUGGUACACACCUGUAAUCCCAGCUACUCUGGAGGCUGAGGGAGGAGAAUCAUUUGAACCCAGGAGGAGGUUGCAGUGAGCUGAGAUCGCACCACUGCAUUCCAGCCUGGGUGACAGAGUGAGACUCCAUCUCCAAAAAAAAAAAAAAGAAAGCCAAUUGGAUGAGAACCUUCAGACUGUACCUAUAAAGAAGGGAAUAAAAGGAAAAGGAUGGCCAUGGGCAGGCACUGUGGGUCAUACUUGUAAUCCCAGCACUUUGGAAGGCUGAGGUGGGAGGAUUGCUUGAGUCCAGGAGUUCAAGACCAGCCUGGGCAACACAGUGGGGCCCUGAUCCUGUAAUACAGGUGUAGUGUGCAUCUGUAGUUCAACUACUCAGGAGGCUGAGGUGGGAGGAUCACUUGAGCCUGGGAGGUUCAUGCUGUACUGAGCCAUGAUGGUGCCACUGUACUCCAGCUUUGGCGACAGAGUGAGACCCUGUGGCUUAAGGAAAAAACCAAACAAACCCAGAAAGGAGAGGCAUAGGCUGAAAUAAGAUUAGAAGGAACAGGUAAGCUAAGGCAUUGUUUAGUUUUGUGAUUUAGAAGCUCCCAUGCCCCCAAAGCUGGUCUGGGGUCAUUCAGAGCCCUUAUGGUGAAGUUCUAUGACAAGAGUCUAACCAAUCUCAGUCUUCUCUGUCCUGUCCUACUUUAGAGUGAGGAAGACCUAAGAAUGGGUCUCUUGCUUAUAUAGGGUCUUUGGAAUGUCCACACUUGGCACCACACCACACUUGUGAAGGCCUGAAGUUUUACUUUGCAAACAUGAGCAAAUCUUUACUGGGAUGUAUACAUUAGACCAGAAUAACUGUGAUGAUAGGAGAGCCAUCAGAGACAAAUUCUGUUUACUGUGGGUGUCAUUUCACCUACACUUGACCUUACAUGAAAGGAUAGUGCUAAUCCACGUGAAGGGAACCAGGGUACCUCUAAGCAGGGAGUGACAGUAAAAGAUACUAGUCAGGCCUAGAAGGUUCAAGCCAAGUGGGAUGUGAUUUUAGAGAUAACCCAGUCAUCUCAUUUUACUAAAUGAAGAAAUAGAAACUGAGUGAUGAUGUGAUUUUCCCAAAGUCACACAGCUGGAUAAUGACUUUCCAACUUUUGAAAACGAAUAAAGGGCUAUUUACCUUCCUC